UUGAGUAAUGUCCUUUUUUCAGAGAUACAAAAUAUUCUUUUAGCUUUGUUUUGCAAAAAUAUAAAACCUCCAGUGGAGCAAAGUGAAACUACCUGCGUCUGAUAAUACUUUAUAACAUACUUUUAUUUAGUUUACUGAAGUGAAUUUAUGAAAAAAAUUAAGAGAAAAAUCACCUAAUAUUAUGUAUAAUCAACGGCAAUCUAUACCAACAUUAAUAUUAGGUGAAGUGAAAAGUUCUGAAGGUUUUCCGCUGGAUGCCUUUAGUGAGCCGUAUCUCAGGAUGUAUAUAUUGCAUCGGGCGAUUUAAAGGACACACUACGCUUCAACCAACCAUCUUUUACAAUUUUGUGUUUGCGUUACAGCGUUCUAAAACAACAUCGUUUUGUAUCACUGUGACCAAGGUGAAAAUUUGAGCAGGCGGGCCAAAAAAUUUGUGCUAUUUCUGGACGCAACGCAGUUUCGAAUACAACAGCAAAGAAGUAGUACUAACGGUCUCGUUCUGAGAGUCCAAUCAUCGACAACGUUGACAAAAUCAAGGAAAUCGUCAACCAGCAUGUGAGCAAAAUAAAGCGAAAAAACGUUGAGAGCUUUUUUCUUCACCUAAUAUAUUCAAAGAUAUAGUGAAAAAGAAGCAUACACAUCUUUUGCAUAUUCUAUAUUUGAUAAUAGAAAGAAAAAAACACAUAUAUAUGCAUUAAGCAAAAGGCAAUGUCAGCAAUAAUUUACUAAAACGAAAAACAAAAAACAAAAAACUUAAAACUCAACUUGCAAUUUGUGCCUUUGUAUUUUUUACUGGAUAUCUGUAAUAAUUAACUACCAUUUCUUCUGGUGUUAAUUAACUUUUGUUCACAUAUUUGGUUAUCUAUGUAUAUCUACGUACUUAAUUCUAUUGAAACAAAAAAUGAGUGCCAGUGACAGUCAAUUGAAUCGGGGAACGCCGUAAUUCAGGACAAACUUGGACCAAGUGCUAAGAAGUAUCAAGUUCUCAUUGUGAACAGAUUUAAGCUACAAUGAGCAGCAAUAAUCUGCAGCAAUGGUGGGAAAACACAUAUCGUCAACAUCAGCUAAAUCAUGCUUUCAAUCCUUACAACUUACACGAUCUCCAGUCAAAAAGCGAGGCAUCGGAGUUAAAUCUGUUUCCACAGAUCGGUAACAACGAUUACAGCGCAUCCACAAAUUACACUUUAACAAAUAAUCCAUAUGACAUAAACACCGUCGAAGAUAAUUCCAUAUCUUCGCUAACGUUGCUUAUCAUGGCCAUAUCUUUUGGACUUGUAGUAUUUGGUGGCGUUUUAGGCAAUGCGACACUAUUGUUUACGCUUUGCUCAUCUUCUUCAGUGCGCUUGCGAAAUCCUCUAUUGCUAGCCGUUUGUCUUGCCGACUUACUGGUAACUGGCAUCUCAGCACCAAUUACGCUUUUAAAUGUAGCCUUAAACCGUAGGAGUAAUACUUUGCCGCUGGUAAUAUGCAAAAUCAUUCAUUAUGUGCAGGUUAUGCCGGUUGCCGCCAGUACCAUUUCAUUGCUAAUGCUCUCAUUGGAUCGUUAUGCUACAGUGAGGCACCCGCGUUUAGCACAAUUGCGCCAGAGUCGCUAUCUGCAUGUGUCGCUAGCUAUGUUUUCAUGGAUAGCUUCAGCCACCAUCAGUACACCUUUUUUGUUUACUUACGAAAUAACAGCAAACAACGCAAUCACCAGGAGAGAUGACAGCAUACAAUAUUCGACCUCAACAGAAGUUUUGCAAGGAGUUAUCGAAAAUACUGAUAUGGAACGAUAUUUACAUUCUACUACCACUCCAAUUUCACCAAACGUUAUGAUCAGUUGUACUUCGGAUUCCGGCGCCAGUACCGUUUUAAUAUCUUUCAUUAUUGCCCAUACCUUUGUUGUUUUUAUUAUACCAGGAUUUGGUGUGUUAUUAAACCAUUAUGGUGUCCGUCAGAAAUUGUGUGCCCUCUCUUUAACUGCACGAGCUGCUCACGGUGAAUUACCGCUUCCUAUGCCCAUACUUCGCCGACAAACUCAUAUGGUAAUUGUUACUGGACUUGCUAACGCUCAGCAAGCAGCAGACUGUGCCGCCACAGAUGAUACUUCUAAUGGGCCUGACAUACAAAUGCAAAACUUGAAUCCCAGUCCAUUCGUUAAAGACGGUCACGUUUAUGUCAAAUCGUCCAACCCCAUCUCGCCCAGAGCAAUGCGCGAAGUUCGAGCCCACGCCCAACGUCAGCGUAUUAGCCAUAAUCCAGGAAACCGAUGUCCAGCAGCGCCGGGCAUACCGCUUCCACGGACUUCUACAUUGCACUCAAGGCGGCGAUUGGCGAACAUGCUCAUCACAUCAGCGUUCAUAUUUAUAAUAUGCUGGACUCCACACGUCUUUUGUAUAUUCUACACCACCUUUGGCUAUAAGUCCUAUUGCUCCAAAACUUCCAACUACUUCCAUUUACUAAUGGGUUAUAUGUACUCUGCCUUUAGUCCCGUCAUAUACUGGAUUCUGAACCACAACACACUUAAACAAUCUCCCUGUGCGCCAAUUAUACGUCUACGUUCCAUGCAGAAUUUCCUACGAUCUCGCUUUCGCUCCAACACUGUGCCGCCGCCGCCAUCGUCAACUAAUGAAGCUGCACUUGGCGCCUUUAAUCCGAAAUUGAUUAAACUAACUCCGAAACAAUAUAGAGCUCAAGCCUCUUCCCAUUAUCUCUAUUAGCUAGUGUGAUAUUUAUUAAUUCAGUCUUUCACAUUAAAAUCAUUGUAUGUAUGCAUGUGAACAUAUUUUCGUGGAUUUUAAACUGUUGUAGAAAAAAUGUGCCAAAAUGAAACUAUUAGUUAUACAUUAUUAAUAACUAUACCAUAUAUAUACAUACAUACUAGAAUAACGCCAACAAUAUUGCAGAUUUAAAUGACGUAAUGGAUUACAGUGCUUCAAAGCACAAAUAUAUACCUCAAUAUAAUGCAGAAAGUCGCCUUUUCAAGCUGAACUACCGAACGACUAAGCUUUUUAUAAUAUUGUUUUAUUCUAUGUAUUUACAAACGACUAGUAUAACAAUUUGAAACUAAUAGAAAACUAUAAAUAUAUAUAAAUAACUGUGCAUUUAGUCAAGGGCAUCUUUUCAUUGUGUUCACAAUAUGGAUCUACUUUUACCAACAAACUUGUAUAUAUUUGUAUGUAUGGCUGACUUCUAAAACGUCAGUUGCAGUGAAUAAGUCAAUAUAAAAUAUAGGCGCAUAAUCAUAGUCCUGAGUUAGAGCACACUAAAGUUAAAGUAAUACUAAAAGGAUAAAACCGACUUUAUUUACAAUUAUAUCAUAGCCAGUUUAGUGUCUUGUUCUACCAAGAGCCUCCCUUGCGCGAACCUCUGUUACUUUAAAAAAAAACUGUUACUUAAUACUCGUACUAUUAAACAAGAGUUUUGGGGUUUAUACCAUCUCAUUGUUUACUUGAAAUUAUUUACUUGUUGCACUGGCUGGGUGGCUAGCAAAUGAGAUGAAUUGCCGAAGGUAGAGCAGUUAAAGGCACAAAUUGCAUGUGGGGGCGGAUGAAAAAACAUGCUGAAAAGCAAUCCGCGAAGUUGCAUGCUUUCAAGAUGAAACUUCUUUUUGUGCAAAUUCAAAAAGAGAGAUUACCCCAAAAGUGAUAUACAAUAUGUAAUUAUAUACAUAUGUAUGUAUGUACAUACAUACAUAUAUGUAUAUUUUUUAAUAGAACGGGUCACGUAGUUCCUUAUAAUCGCGAAUCAUUUAUAAUAUCAUAUCAUUUAUGUAAAAUAAUAUACAUACAUCUCAAUUUCUUCAUAAUACAUACUUGUAUUCACUCUUUUUCACUCACAACUUUAAAGCUCCGAACACGCACAAUAUGAAAAUUUCCUUUUGUUUCAGAUUUAGUAGCAGCUUUAAGGACAGAUUUUCGUCACUCUAGCUUUAGAGCUAGUGCUAAGCAAAAAAGCCGACUCUAACGCGACUAUAACUAAGAUAAAGUACACUUUUAAAUAAAGUAUAGUAAGUAUGUUCUAACUUGUUUAGAGCCGGCUUUAACUGGACUAUGAUUAUGCGCCAUAGUGUUUCAUCUUGGCGCAGAAUGAAAUGUUGUCCAUGUAUAUGUACAUAGCAGGUCAAAACGUAUACGAGACGCAAUUAAAACUCGUUACCAUAGCAACCGGUGCAUCCGUAAUAAAAUGUGUCCUUUGCAUGCAUACGCGUUCGAAAUAAUAAAUAAUAAUAAAUACAAAAAUACGUAGGUACGUUUUAGAAGCCAACCUACUCGACUUUUGCUGAACUUUUGUAUCAUUACCAGUAUACUUUGUAGAAAGAACAUUUCGUAUAAAUGACAUUUAAUACUUCCUUUCUUAAAAAAAAACUACAAUAAGUUCCCUAAUACGGAUAAAUAAGUAAACUUUUAUCAGUCAAACUUCUAUAGCUCGCACAGCAUUAUACAAAGAAAAUAUUCGUCUUAUGGAUACUUCGAGUUAUAGAAUAUUAUUUGUUUUCUUUUAAGAAACUACCAUUAUGUAAGAUAAAUCUUAAAUAAUGAAAGUAACAAUGAAUUAAAGUAAUCAAGAAUUAGUAACUGAAAACCUACCUUCCUUUUGGAGUUUUCAGCAAAGAGAGAUUCCAUUUUAUUCGAAGCCUUGUAGUGACCGUUAGUAGAAUUACCAUUCGUUUGCAACUAUAAAUGCAAACUUCUGAAGCAAUCUUUUACAAUGUAAAUAGUGUAGUGCUUAAUAAUGUCGUAAUCUGUAGGAAGCCUGCUAUGCAAACUGAUUAACAAACGUUACACAGAGAAGGAACGUCAAAAGGAAACCAGCAUUCGCUUUACAAAUACAUACCUAGAUAUUUACUUACCCAAAUACCAGUACAUAAUUUGGGACUUCCUCCUGAAUAAUUCGACUUAGAGAAGCGUGUGGCAAAUUCUUUUUCUGUGUAUGGAAAAACUCGAGUUAUAGAAGUUCGAGUUAUGGAAGUUUGACUAUACAUGCAUAUGAAUAUAUGAAUAUAUAUUUAUGUACAAAAGAAUACAUACAAUUGGUAUACAGUAAUCCCCCCUAUAAUACGGUGGAUUGGUUCCGCGUUGUAGGAGUAUUCUCGUAUAACUCGCCGUUGUUGAUUUCUUACCAUUAUUUAGCUGAUCCAAAAUAUCAAAUUUCGGUCGUAGAGAAAUAAAUUUUCUUUUUAGCUAGGGGCUUAUUUCAUUCUCACUUGUUAUUGCUGAGAAAAAAAAUUAUUUAAAAUAAAUACUUAUAAAAAUAAGAUUUCUUUACUUUUAUUUAUUUAUUUAUUUAUUCAUUUGUUUAUUUGUCUUUGAAUGGAUACAUUCUUACUGACUAUGUUAAGCUAAUGUACAAUAGUUUAGUAAUUACUAAGAAAAAACGAGUUGAGAUGGUUGACUAAGAUGCCAUACGCCAUGUAAAAUCAGCACCAGAAGAAUUAGCAAACAAAUUUUAAUCGGAGCAUUCACCCCGUAAUUGGUUCUCGAGUAGCCAAUUUUCAAGGUUUCGUACUGUCGAAAUUUCUUAUAAAUAUUAAAUGGAAUUUUAACCAAAAGGGAAGGCAAAUCAAUAAUUCCGGUAAUGAUACGAAUAAUAAAUGAGCACGAUAGAAUAGAUCGUCAAUAAACAUCGAGAGCGGUACGACAAGUUUAAAGAUCGGAGCGCAAAAUGAAGAAAAUCUUUUUCAACUCCCUCAACCCGAUUAGAGAGUCAUAUUUGGUACGGCGUCCCAAUAACAACGGCAUACUCUAAUCUUGAUCUAACAAAAGCACAAUACAAUGGUUUGAGAGUGUGUGGGUUGGUAAAUGCAGAACAAUUUCGGCGUACGAAUGCUAGCAUCGAAUAUGACCGUGGUUAACGUGGCUUAUGAAAUUCAACUCAGAGUCAAAAAUAACGCCCAAGUCUUUAAUUUCUUCAACGGAUUGCAGGGGUGAGCCAGCAAUACUAUAAUAUGUAAAGUAUUGGUUACCUAUCAGUACAUAUACAUAUGUAUGUAUGUAUAAUCAAUACUCUUGCACUUCAAAAACUAUGGACACAAAUAAUUCACAGUGCAGGGACAUAAAAUCGAAUAGUAUGAAAUCGCAUUAUACAAGUACCGCAUUAUAGAGGGAUUACUGUAUUUUCAUAAUAUGUGUUACUAUUAAGCCGACAUUAACAAAGUCAUGCCAUCAAACAAAGCGGCCUGAAUUCAAAUUUCCACCCAUUAAUGGGUACAAUUGAAUAGAAUAUAUGCAUAUACAUAAAUAACUAUAUUAUAAAUAUGGAUUAUCACUUUGUAGAAAUAGCGAUUGUCAUAAUAGAAAAAUGUAUGUAUGUGUAACUGAUUUCGGACUCAAGUUAUUUAGAUAAACUCUAAGCUUGUAGCUGAUAUGCACAUGUACAUAUGUAUGUAUGUAUUUAAGGAAUUGAAAAAAGCUUGAAAAACUGCUAUGUAAGCAUGUAUGUAUGUAUGUAACUCUCCUUUGGAUUAAAUAUUAUAUUAUCUUUAUAAUCUUCACAUUAUAUACAUAUGUACAUGUGUAGAUGCAGUCGACGUUCAAUAAUACGAGAUAUAUAUGCACUUACAUAUAUAAUGUCAGGCCUCUUCAUAAAAUCGGAAAGUGCAUAUAAUUGGAUCUGCACUUUUCUUCUCAGUUACAUCAAUUAUCAUUUGCAUUGAAGCAUUGAAACGAGGACAUCGUCCGUCUCAUCGAAUUCGUAGUCAUAAAUAAUUCUCGUCAUAUUUUCUUCAACGACAAAAUAAUAAAAAAAAACUAAUAAAUUGGCCUGCUACGUGCAUAUCUCAAGACUUUCAGCUAAUGCUAACACUGGAAACAAGGCGAAUCUAUUCAAAGGGAUAGCUGUAUUUUGCUUUUGUUCUUAGCUUUCAGAUUGUGAAAGCAAGCAGAUUAUUUCUAAUUAUUUCUAGGGCGAAUGAACUGGUUUUAACAGAAAUAUUUUUUUUCAUUGUUGGUGAUUGGAUUAAAAAAUACGAAUAAAACCGUACACAAUUUUCAAAUCAAAAUGUAAAUAAACAUUAUACUUUGACAAUUCCGAAGCCAAGGCAAAUAAAAAACAUCAAAUCAGCCGUUCUACUAUUAUCAAAACGAAUUGAAUACUGAAGGUGGCGCCUUUCCAAAACUUUAUUAACUUAUUUUUCGCGAUUUUGACAAAUCUGACGUCAGGCUCCUUUCCAAUACAAAACAAACAAAAAGGCGAGAAAUUACAUGUUUGUGAAAGCUCAGUUAAUGGCUUGGUAAUAUUGUUAUUUAGAUUUAAAUUUGGCAAACUAAUGAAAACGAAGUGCAAUGUGUUAAAUUGUGAAGGCACAAAUUAAUAUAAAACCUUCAAAUGUAGUUUUUUUGCGUUUUGCACGUUUUGUGUGUGUGCGCGUAUAACUUUUUGUGUUUGGUUGUUUCCAUUGUUUUCGCCGGCUCUUCCUCUGCACAAACAAGUCAUUCCCCUUCCUUUUGUUUAUUCAAUAAGCCUGAUGACACGACGAAUUUGGAAGGCGCAACCUUAUAUUCCUUAUACUGAUAUCACCUUGAAUAAAUUCGCCUAGAAAUAUGAUUUACAAUUUGAAUAAAACCAAGAAGAGUUCUUACAAGGUGCUUUUAAUUUUUUCCAAUUUGAUAAUUUGAUUGUCAAAAUUUUAAUGGGAGUAUAAGCAAACAAAAAAAGUAGCGUACUUUGACAUUGAAACCAGCAAUCCGCAAGAAAAAAAGUCUGCUGCUAUGACGAAGUCACCUUAUAUGGAUUCGCCUUGAUAUGCAACAUGAUGUAAUUGCUAAAAGUGUGUAAUUGCAACAGCACGAUUUGGUGCGCUCUCACCUCAAUGUUGUAUUUUGGGAAUAGUGGUAGUAGGGAAUCUACAUUUUCGUAGCCUUAUGGAACGUAUACUACAACGGAAAAUUAAGAACUUUUUAUGCAAUGUACUGAAUAAAAUAACCAUUUUAAGUUUUAACUCACUCGUUUAAACUAAUGACUUAACGACGAGUUAACUCUUAUACGAUCUUCAAAAAAAUCUCACUUCAUAUUGUUACGUUUUCUUCUGAGUUCGAUCACUGGAUUGCUAAAUAAAACUCAUAAAUUAAUG